UAAAAAAUGCAGUUAGGUAUUUUUCUGUCGUACUGAACCCUUUAGGUUCAUAAAAGUUUCGUCAGUAGCGCGAUUCAGACAGCAGGUGGCGCUGAUGUAAAACCGUCCUGCAAAAGGCAAACAAUCCUUCACGAUUGUCUUUGUACGGAUCGUGAAACGGCUUUAGAUUAUUGUAUUUUGUUUGGUCUGCUGAUGAACUGUUUGUAGAGAUCGUUUUGCUUUUAUCAUUUGUAUUCUUGAUUUUUGCAAGCCAAAUGUCGUCUGCUAGUUCAGUGCUGUCGUUCUCCAAGGUUUUCCAGCCCUGGGCAGGACUUAAGGGCAAAACGGUCAAUGUGAUAAGACCAGUUAUAUGCAGCAGGAGAGAGAAGUCUUCAUACACUCCACCUCCUGCCAAGUAUGGAGGCCGACACACAGUAACGCUGAUCCCUGGAGAUGGUAUUGGACCCGAACUUAUGAGCCAUGUCAGGGAGCUUUUCAGGUUCUCCUGCGUCCCAGUGGAUUUUGAGGUGGUGAACGUGGACUCAGCGGCGACGUCAGAGGAUGACAUUAACAAUGCUAUCACAGCUAUCAGACGCAAUGGAGUUGCACUGAAGGGUAAUAUAGAGACCAAUCACAAACUUCCACCUUCUCACAUGUCCAGGAACAACUUGCUACGCACAUCCCUGGACCUAUAUGCUAAUGUGAUGCACUGCCAGACUCUCCCUGGUGUCCAAACCCGGCACAAGGACAUAGACAUCAUCAUCCUUAGAGAAAAUACAGAAGGAGAGUAUAGCAGCUUAGAGCAUGAGAAUGUCCCAGGAGUCGUGGAGUGUCUGAAGAUCAUCACUCGAAUAAACUCGUUGCGGAUCGCAGAAUACGCCUUCAAACUUGCCCGAGAAAAAGGACGUCGCAGGGUCACUGCUGUACAUAAAGCCAACAUCAUGAAGCUGGGUGAUGGUCUCUUCCUGCAGUGCUGUAAGGAGGUAGCAGCAGGCUAUCCAGACAUUACAUUUGACAACAUGAUUGUGGAUAACACCACCAUGCAGCUCGUUUCCAAGCCACAGCAGUUCGAUGUGAUGGUGAUGCCAAACCUCUAUGGUAACGUGGUGAGCAACGUGUGUGCCGGACUCGUGGGUGGCCCAGGUUUAGUCCCAGGGGCCAACUACGGCAAAGACUACGCUGUUUUUGAAACAGCCACCAGGAACACUGGGAAAAGCAUUGCUAACAAGAACAUUGCAAACCCCACGGCUACACUGCUGGCCAGCUGCCUCAUGCUGGAUCACUUAAAACUUCAUGAUUAUGCCAGGAUAAUUCGAAAAGCAGUCCUUACAACUUUAUCUGAGACUCAGUUACACACAGCUGAUCUUGGGGGUCAGGGCACGACUUCUGAGGUGGUGCAAGCCAUAAUGCAGGAGGUUCAGAGGAGCAGACUGCACAUCUCCAAACCCAUCUGAACAACCACAUCACCUGAACAUCAGGUAGACGUCUCCAAUCAAUAUAUACCGCAAAACUAGGUGAAGCUUGGUGAAUUGGGUUGUGUGUGUGUGUGUGUGUUUGAUUGUGCUUGCAGCUUUAUAAGAUUAAGCUAUAACAUUUUUAAUUACACUGCUUUCAAAUUACACUGCUUUUCCUGUGAAAUAAUUAAAGUAAUUAAGUCAUUAAAUAUUAGCAGUCAGUGGACAGAUUUUUAAAUAUCCACAAAAUGUUUACUUGUAAGAUCUAAUGCUGCAUUUGACUAAACUUAGAAGUGUAAAGUCAGAACUUUUGGAAUUACGUAAUUUCGACCGCUGCGCAUUCAAGCUACAAAGUGGUGCAAAAACAUGAACACCUCAAUGUUCAUCUUUUCUUAGCCAAAAAACUAACAAGCUAACUUUGAUGAGUGAUGUAUAAUUAUCUAUUGUAUAGUCAGUGUUAUAGAUUUAACAAGCCAAUAUAUGUGUGUUGAUUGAUCUAAAGCAAAUACUUGUAUAUACAGUAUAACUCAUUUAAAAGUAAGGAAGUGCUUCUUUGCUUAUUGUUGAUGUUGUGAGCAGCCAUGUUGAUUUGACAAUGUCAAGGGGGCAUUUUAUUUAUUUUUUCCUAGUCAGAGGUAUGAAUUCAGAGUUUUAGUCGAAUGCAGCAUAAGAUCAAACGCAUCAAGUGACCAUUUUUUAGCAAAACACAGACACUGUUAAGCACACCUCAGUAUGAGCCUAAAUACAUAUUCAAGACACUGAAGCAUGAAAUAUGGCAACACGCCUGUUACAUGCACUCUUUAACAGAUCUUUAUCAAAGGGAUUCAUGGACACAUUUGUCUGUAUUAAUUAUGCGAAUGUUCCAUAUUGUACAUUUACACAACACUAGACUAAGGCUGUUGUUUUGCAUUAAUAUGUAAUUCAAUCACCCAUAUGCGGGUGAUGGAUAUGUGCUGAUUAGACGUGCAGAAAUUUCAUAAACCUCCAGGGAUAUAAUUGUUACUGACAUACCUCUCAGAGUUAUCCAGGUUUUUUUAAAAGCUUCCUCUGACAACAGAAAAAUCCGAGGUUUGUUAUUAGGUUUAUUACAGAUACAUGGAACAGAGGAUUACUGUGUUCAUAACUUGAUGUGUGAUUUAUGGGUAGGCUGUUCUCUUGACAUAACGGUGCAUAAAUUGUGGACCAACAAACACUGCAAUACUUGAACACGGAUAACACUCGAACACUAAUUAAUCUUUAAGAAAAAUACAGUGGUGCUUUAAAGUUUGUGUUUGUUGAAAGAAUUUUCUAUAUUUGUGAAUAAAUAUGACCUUAAACAUCAUCAGAUUUUCACACAAGUCCUAAAAGUAGAUAAAGAGAACCCAAUUAAACAAAUGAGACAAAAAUAUUAUACUUGGUCAAUUAUUUAUUGAGGAAGAUGAUCCAAUAUUACAUAUCUGUGAGUGGCAGAAGUAUGCAAACCUGUAGGACUAGCAGUUUAAUUUGAAGGUAAAUUAGAGUCAGGUGUGAGUGAGUCCAUGAACUGAAUCCCAAGGCAACGACCCUAAGCAUACAAUUUGUUAUACUAAAGAAUGGUUAAAGAAGAAUAAAGUUAAUGUUUUGGAAUGGUCAAGUCAAAGUCCUGAGCUUAAUCCAAUAGAAAUGCUGUGGAAGGAGCUGAAGUAAGCAGUUCAUAUGAGGAAACCCACCAAACCCAGAGAUGAAGCUUUUAUGAACUGAGGAAUGGGCUAAAAUUCCUCCAAGUCGAUGUGCAGGACUGAUCAACACUUACUGAAAAUGUUUAGUUGCAGUUAUUGCUGCACAAGGGGGUCACAGCAGAUACUGAAAGCAAAGGUUCACAUACUUUUGCUACUCACAGAUAUGUAAUACUGGAUCAUUUUCCUCAGGACUUAAUAUUGGAUUAAGCUCAGGACUUUGAUUUGGCCAUUCCAAAACAUUAACUUUAUUCUUCUUUAACCAUUCUUUAGUAGAACAAUUUGUGUGUUUAGGGUCGUUGCCUUGGGAUUCAGUUCAUGGACUCACUCGCACCUGAUUGUCAUCCCAUCGACUGAAAACACCUGACUCUAAUUUCACCUUCAAAUUAAACUGCUAAUGCUAGAGGUUCACAUACUUUUAUCACUCACAGAUAUGUAAUAUUGGACCAUGUUCCUCAAUAAAUAAAUGAACAAGUGUAAUAUUUUGUCUCAUUUUUUAAAUUCAGUUCUCUUUAUCUACUCUCAGGACUUCUGAUGAAAAUCUGAUGAUGUUUGAGGUCAUUUAGGCAGAAAUAUAGAUAAUUCUGUAAAUUUGCACCUAAUGGCAUGGGUCUGUUACACAAGCAGGAGUAAACUAGUGGGAAAAGAUAGAACCAGUUACUGUGAUGAGUGAUGUUUCCUGCAUGGGGAUAUCAGAUAGACUGUGGCUACUCUGCCUUUUGACUUACAUAAUGCUGUUACUGGAAACCGACGUUCAUUGUGUGUUAAUGUUCAGGAAAAUGCAUAAAAGCUCCUGUCAGGAAUCUACACUACUAAUAGCAUAUAGAAUUGUAUGUCAUAACUUGUAUCAUUGUUGUUGUUUUUUUGUUGUUUUUUUUACGAAUGUAGUGCUAUGGAUCAAAUAUAAACCAUUGAGAUAUUGUGCAAUAAAUACUUCUCACCUCAAAAAAUA